UCUGAAUUUGAGUUUUUAAAUUCUCCUCUCUCGCCAUUCUUUAAUCCUCCAAUUUCGCAAUCAAAUAAUUUACUUUCUUUUUUAUUUUCUGUUUUUUUCGUCUAGGGUUUAUGUUUAUUAGUCUUCAAAAUUCAAACGAAUUUAUCGACAAGAUUUUUCAAAUGCAAUGCUGUUCUUCGUAAAUGGAUUUUAAAUUUCUAGGGUUUGUAACUUAUUUAGAUUUUCGAUAGAAUGGGAGCUUUAACGAGCAACAGUAAGCGAGAUCCGUUUUCAAAUUCACCCGAUUUUCAUAUUUCAAAAAAACCUAAAUUAUCUUACAUGCAACAAAUUUCAAACCAAACCCUAGGCUCAUCAAACAGUACGGUCUCUAGAAUUUCAAGGUACCCGGAGCCUAGAAAUAAGUCAAAGUUUCGUAGAGAAGUUCAUGCGCCUUGUAGAAUAGUUAAAUUUGGGUUGUCAUCGUUGUCUAGGGCAAACGAUAUCGAUUCAGCGGAUAGGAGACAAUCUUUUGGUGGUGAUGAUAUGGGUAAUUUCUUGAGUAAGAAGCUUGAUUCUGCUAAGAGAAGUGCAGUUGGUGCUUUUCGGUAUUUGGCUACGUAUAAGCCCGUAAUUGGGGCUGUUGAUAACGGAUUUGAUAGGCGCGAAAAGGCGGUUUUAGUGUCUGAGGAUUCUAGUAUUGAAGAAGGGGAAGAUGGGGAUUUGGGGGGAAAUAAGAAUAAGGUGGAUGAUAAUGAUGUGAAAAUUUUGGAGGAGAGAUCAGUGGUUACUAAUGAUGGGAUUUUGGGAUUACGAAAUGCGGGGAGAGAAUUGGAGUAUUUGGUAUUGAAUGGUGAAUUGGAUGUAUCUAGUGUUGAGGCUUAUAAGAAAUUGUUAGAGAAUGCUGAGAGAAGGAAUCCAAAAUUGCAAGCCUUGGAUUUUGAGAUUGAAUUGAAUGAGAAAAGGCGGAGCUUAUACCAGUUGCUUCGGCCCCUGAAGAAACCGGAAGAGAAACUGCAGGAGAUUCCCAAGGAGCCCUUUAUACCUCUUACAAAGGAGGAAGAGACUGAGGUUAAACGUGCAUUUACAGCUAAUUAUAGGAGGAAGACUCUGGCUACUCACAAGAAUUCGAAUAUUGACAUCACGGGGGAACUUUUGCAUUGCCUUGCACCAGGGGCAUGGUUGAAUGAUGAGGUGAUCAACGUGUACCUAGAGUUGUUGAAAGAAAGAGAAAUGCGGGAACCACAAAGGUUUCUUAAAUGCCAUUUCUUCAACACAUUUUUCUACAAAAAGUUACUGAACGGGAACUAUAAAGCUGUCAGAAGAUGGACCACAGAAAGGAAGUUGGGAUACUUUUUGAUGGAUUGUGAUAAAAUAUUUGUUCCUGUUCAUAGAGAGGUCCACUGGUGUUUGGCAGUUAUCAAUAAGAAGGAUCAGAAAUUCCAAUAUCUUGAUUCGCUCAAAGGAAGGGACUUCAAAGUGCUGGAAGCUCUGGCUAAAUAUUAUGUCGAGGAAGUGAAGGACAAGAGUAAAAAGGAAAUUGAUGUAAGUAAUUGGGAACGUGAAUUUGUUGAAGAUCUUCCUGAACAGGAGAAUGGGUAUGAUUGCGGUGUAUUCAUGAUCAAAUAUGCAGAUUUUUAUAGCAGAGACGUAGGUCUUUGUUUUGGCCAGGAGCAUAUGCCCUAUUUUCGGAUGCGAACAGCUAAAGAGGUAUUGAGACUGAAAGCUGACUGAUUGGAGAAGUGGAUGCAGCUAAAGAGAUUAUGAGAUUAAGAGCUUACUGAUCGGUACAGCUAAAGAGAGAUUGAGAUUGGGAGCUUACUAGUCAGAGAUGUGGAUGGUGCUCAAUGCGCUACAUUCAUUUUGUUUCAGCAAUUCUGCUAAUAAUAGCAGAUGUGCUGUAUUAAUCAGAUGAUUACAUAUACUUGUGAAUGUAGGAUCUUUCAGCCUUUGUCAAAUAUGUUGUGGUUACAAGGCAUUUUUGGUCUAUUUAAUUGAUUUAAUUAUGUUCAUAAUUGAUGAGUGGUGAAGAAUUCAAUAGUAAACAAGCCGCCGGCUGAUGGCUGGUGCUUGCACUUUAUUAUUGCGAGUUGCGUUUGUAAUUUGUAACAUAGAAUGUUUGCUUUUUCUUUCUCCAUUUCACUGACCUCCAAGAUUGCUGCA